AUGUCGGGCCUAUCCUGUGCUCGCGAACUGCAACACCGAGGCUACCACGUUCUCGUAGUGGAAGCACGGCAACGCGUGGGGGGUCGUCUGAAAGGCACUGCCUUACAACUUCCUACCGGCGAGCAGCAAGUCGAUCUGGGAGGCGCUCUCAUACACGGUAUCGACGACAAUCCCGUAGCCGAGUUGGUGGAUCAGAUUGGCGUUCGCACCCGACCGGUAUCGGAUACUUUACUGCUCGAUAAGACCGGAUGGCCUCUAGAUUUGCGCGAGGAUGAAAGAAUAUCUCAUUUAUUUAAUGAAUGCCUCGAAGAAGCGUUCGAACGCACAAGAGGAAAGCAAUCCGACACUUCGUUUGGUGACCUGUUCAACACUGUUUGCGAGGGAAAAGCCGUCAACACUUCUGCUAUACUGAGAUGGCACAAAGCAAAUCUAGAAGUAUCAUGUGGCACCAGUUUUGAGAAAUUAGGAUGGCAAUGGAAUGAGGACGAGGCUUAUGGCUUUGACGGGGAUCACGUCGCUCUGCAAGCAAGUUGGAAACCAGUGGUCGAAGCCUUGGCGGAACCGUUGGAUAUUGUAUACAAUGCUUCCGUUGAGUUGAUCCACCUCACUGGGCCGAGAAACACAGUUGUUCAAAUCACCUUGAUGGACGGAACGGUUUUGGAGGCUGAUUCGGUUGUAUGUACAGUGCCCUUGGGUAUUCUGAAAAGAAAGACGAUUAGCUUUGACCCACCUUUACCGACCCCAAAGCAACAGGCUAUUGAGCGUCUAGGUAUUGGACUAUUGAACAAGUGUACAUUGUCGUUUCCUCAUGUUUUCUGGCAAGACUCAGACUUUUUGGGCCUAGCUGAGGACGAGCAUUCGUACCUUGUGCUGAAUGGGGCCACGUUUACAGACAACCCUGUACUUCUCUUCAUGUUUGGCGGCGAAUUUGCACACGAGAUCGAGAAAUGGACUGACACGGAGAUUGUGACAGAUUGUUUGCGAAUACUAAGUAGAAUAUGCGGAUGCCAGGUUCCCGAGCCAACUGACUACCAUACUACACGAUGGGGUCGCGAACAGUACUCGCGAAUGGCUUUCACUUUCAUUCCGCCAGGAGUUGAUGGAGCGGCUGAGCUUCGGGCUAUGGGAGAGCCAGUGUUGAAUUCUAUAGGGAACGUCCCAGCGCUUAUGUUUGCUGGGGAGCAUACAACUUUUUUUCAUCCGAGCACAAUUCACGGAGCUUUCUUUUCAGGAAUACGAGAAGCUUAUCGUCUUGA